AUGGCAUCGAAGUGGAGUGCUUUUUCUUGGUGUAAUGGGCAAUAUGGCCUUGCUCGUUCUUGGGCAAGAUUGGACCGUGUUCUAAUGGAUGCCUCUUUUCUUUCGGUAUUUCCUAAUGCUAUUUGUUCUUAUCUUCCACGAUCUACUUCGGAUCAUGCACCUAUGUUUAUAGAGUUCAAGCAAGACCCUUUCUCUUAUGGUCCAGCCCCUUUUCGUUUCCAACAGAUGUGGGUGCAACACAAAAAUUUUAUGGAUUGUGUUCGGCAAGCUUGGUCAUCUCGGGAGGGUGGUUCAGCCAUUCAGAAUUUGGUUGUGAAGUUAAAACAGACUAAGGCCGCCUUGCGGGAUUGGGAUAAAAGGGUCUUCGGUCAUAUGUUGGGCCAAAUUAUUGAUCUUCAAAAUCAGAGUGAGGAGAUUGAACUUCAGUCUCAAUUAAACUGGGAUGAAAAUCUAGAUAGAGAAUUACAGGUGGCAAAUGUGAAAUUGGCUACUUGGUGGCGUCGGGGAGAAAUUCAACUGAAUCAAAUGGCAAAGCUAAAGUGGGCGGUGGAUAGUGACCAGAGCUCCAAAUUUUUUCAUGAUUGCCUAGCCAUGAAACGACGUAAGUAG